AUGAACAUGUCUGCAGCCUCUUCUGAUGCUAGGGCUGUUGCCGCGUUGUUUAGUUUAGAUUCUAGAGCUGUUGCCGCGAUACCCAGAUCAGACGACGAUGCCAGCGUUAAUGGAAGAGAUGCGAAGACUCCGAAAGCUACUGCCCUGGCGAUUACGGAAGUAUGGAACGGUGCCAGUGUGACUUCGUCGCCUAGAAGAUGUUAUGCGACUGCGACGCCCCAACAAUGGGCACAUUUCCUCAUCUGCUAUUGGGAUUGUGAAAAAGUAGAGGAGUUGGACCAGCGAGAUCUUCGCGACUUCAACGCAACAGUGGCCCUUCUGAAGCAGGCAUUUGAGGGCUCGCAACAUCGCUACACGGCGAGGGAAGCGUCCGUUUGCCAGCAGCAGCCUGGGAAGUUGUCAGCGACGUUUGCUGAUCGCCUGCUGAAUUUGGCUUGGCUACUACAGACGAAGACCUAG